AUGAACAUGGCACCAGAGAAUUUCACUACAGUGAAGACAUUCAUCCUGUCAGGCCUGACCACCAACCACAGCACUGAAUUGGCACUCUUCAUUUUUUUUACUGCCAUCUAUACCUUGAUCCUAGUUGGCAACAUUCUCAUUGUGAUCACGAUCGUCCACAACCAACAUCUCCACACCCCCAUGUACUUCUUCCUCAGCAACCUCUCCUUCAUUGAUGUCUGUCAUUCUUCGGUGGUUAUACCCAAAAUGCUAGCUGAUUUUCUUGAGGAGACGAAGACCAUCUCCUUUGGAGAAUGCAUAGCCCAGAUGUUCUUCCUCCACCUCUUUGCUUGUACAGAGAUCUUCCUCCUCACCAUCAUGGCCUACGACCGCUAUGCCGCCAUAUGCAAUCCUCUCCACUACACCACCAUCAUGAACCGCCAGGUCUGCAUCCUGCUGGGUGUGGGCAUGUGGAUGGGUGGGUUGCUGCACUCCAUUGCCCUGACAGCACUGACUCUUAGUGUGCCCUACUGCGGCCCCAACAGCAUUGACAACUUUUUCUGUGAUGUGCCUUUGGUCAUCAAACUGGCCUGCACCAACACUUAUGUCUUAGAAGUCCUCAUCGUCUCCAAUUCAGGGUUGAUCUCGGUGGUCUGCUUUGUCGUUCUGGUCAUCUCCUAUGUGGUCAUCCUCAUUUCUUUGAGGAACCGCUUCACUGAAGGACGGCGGAAGGCUCUGUCCACUUGUGCUGCUCACCUGACAGUGGUAACCUUCUUCCUGGGGCAUUGCAUCUUCAUCUACCUGAGACCGGCCAAGAGUUUGCCUGCGGACAAAGUGGUUUCCAUUUUCUUCACAGCUGUCACACCACUGCUCAACCCAGUAAUCUACACCCUGCGGAACGAGGACAUGCUGAACGCCCUGAACAAGCUGCGAGGUCGACAGGCCAACGUGGGAGGCAAAGGACAUUAG